GCCAGUAGCAGCACACGUCAAUCCAACACCAGGUUCCAUGGAGAAUGCCGAGAUAACUCGAAUAACGGUACGCUACAAUAUUUAUGUGGGAGAAAUUAUCUUCGUUUGAUAAACAACCGAAUUUGCGUUUGUCGCGCGCAUCAAUAAACCGCACAUAAAACAACAACAACAACAACAAACGGCAGAACUGUUUUUCGUCUCGUCACGAAACCCAACAGCUCCAGCCGAGACAGAACCAUUGUCUGAAUAUAUGUUUAGGAUGGCCUGGAUAGGCAAGAAGAAGUCGGUGAUAGCCACCAGUCUGAUCGCGGUGGUGUCGCUCUUUGUUGUGGUGGUCAACUACUCAGAGAAGCCAUACUUCCUCCUGGAACCAGUCUUCGGACAAACCUUCAGCAGCCACUGGAUGUUCUCCAGACAGACUCACAAGGCCUUCAAACCUCACCUGGGAUACGUCAGCAUCCCUAAGCAGGAGCCACUGAAGCUACACUGUGAGGUCUGCUCCGUGGUGUCCAGUUCAGGUCAGAUGUUGGGCCAGGCAGCAGGGCCGGAGAUCGACCACUCCUCCUGUAUCUGGCGUAUGAACAACGCCCCGACGCGCGGGUUCGAACACGACGUGGGGCACCGCACCACCCUCAGGGUCGUCUCUCACACCUCUGUGCCCCUGCUGCUACAGAGGCCUCAGUACUUCUUUGGCCAGGCCAACGACACAGUAUAUGUGGUGUGGGGUCCUCUGAGGAACAUGAGGAAGGAUGGGAAGGGCAUUGUGUACAACAUGCUGAGACAGGCUGUAGAGAAGUACCCCCAGGCUAGGAUCUACCUCACCACAGAGGAACGCAUGAACUACUGUGACAUGGUGUUCAAGAAGGAGACCGGGAAGGACAGGAUCCAGUCUGGUUCGUACCUCAGUACCGGUUGGUUCACUCUGAUCCUGGCCAUGGACAUGUGUAAAGAGAUCCACGUCUACGGCAUGAUCAACGACACCUACUGCAAGUCAGAGGGGUAUCGUAAGGUCCCGUACCACUACUAUGAAGCCGGUAGUCGUGAUGAGUGUGCAGAGUAUCUCCUCCACGAGAGCGCUCCGUACGGCGGCCACCGUUUCAUCACAGAGAAGGCCGUCUUCGCCAAGUGGGCCAGAACACACACCAUUAAGUUUUACAACCCGCCAUGGAAACUGUCGUGACCCGGAGGGACAGCAGAUAGCCGGGAGGUCUGGAGGAGGGACAUUAUUGAUGACAUCACACAGCCGUGUCCACCUCAUCAUCCAGGGACAGGGAGAACGCAGGGCCACUACCGUUACACCAGAGCAGUGUCCCAAAUGACACCCUCUUCCCUAUAUAGUGCACUAUCGGGCCCUGGUCAAAAGUAAUGCACUAUAUAGGCACGUCUCCCUCCCUUGGCGUUGUCUAGGUGUAUAUGACACUGAAAUGUACAGUCAGAAUGCGCACAUCGUUCUGCAAUCCCAGUCCGUCCAUUACCACUGAGCCUGUAGUCUGAGGGGUUGUAAUUCCCGUCCCACUGCUUGCCUGACUGUAGCACUGAAACCAGACACCCAUCCUGGGCUGAAACGUAGAUGGUAGAGAGUGGUCCCUCCAUGUCCCUCCAUGUCCUCACUGAGCCAUGAACCAAGGCCUUCUGUUCACUAAAACAAUCUGGCCACUGCAGGACAGGCUCAUCCAUCUAUCCCAUUAGAGAAACAACAUGAAGGAGAAACUAUUUCUCCACUCAUUGAAUGUCUGUUGUCAUCUUCUAGGACUCUGUUGUCAUCUUCUAGAACUCUGUUGUCAUCUUCUAGAACUCUGUUGACCUCUUCUAGGACUCUGUUGUCAUCUUCUAGAACUCUGUUGACCUCUUCUAGGACUCUGUUGUCAUCUUCUAGAACUCUGUUGUCAUCUUCUAGAACUCUGUUGUCAUCUUCUAGAACUCUGUUGUCAUCUUCUAGAACUCUGUUGUCAUCUUCUAGAACUCUGUUGACCUCUUCUAGGACUCUGUUGUCAUCUUCUAGAACUCUGUUAACCUUUUCUAGAACUCUGUUGACAUCUUCUAGAGCUCUGUUGACAUCUUCUAGAACUCUGUUGACCUCUUCUAGAACUCUGUUGACCUAUUCCAGAACUCUGAGCUGGAGAAAAUGUGAUGUCCUAAAGGAGCUCCGGAGCAGGGGUCUUCUUGACCUCCAAUCAUCUGCUGCUUUGAUGUUGUAAAGGUUGGUGAAUGACAAAGGACGGAUAGCUCAACUCAACAGAUACGGGAUAAGAAAAGAAUGAAACCAACAAACUGUUCUUCAUCUCUACAGUAGCUACACACAGGCUCUCCCUAAUGACACCCUAUUCCCUACAUAGUGCACUACUUUUGACCAGGGCCCUAUAGGUAGUGCACUAUGUAGGGGAUAGGGUCCUUUAGAUGUGCUGAAGCCCUGUACAGUACAGUAUGUAUCUCACAAGUCUGAACUCUCCAAGAUGUUGUUAUUCUAUGUCAGUCUGGGUGUUGAUAGAGGCCUGUUACCAAUCUCUGACCAGCUACACUACUUUAUUCUUCAUCUGGCUGUACCCCCUUUCUGUCUGUCUGUCUGUCCACUUAGAAUUAUUGGCUACCAGGGGUGUCUCAAAUAGUGCCCUAUUCCCUAUAUAGAGCAUUCUUUAACCAGGGUCCACAGAGCACUUCUUUAACAACGGCCCAUAGAGCUGACCAUAGGGCACUUCCUUAACCAGGGCCCAUAGAGCUGACCAUAGGGCACUUCUUUAACCAGGGCCAUAGAGCACUUCCUUAACCAGGGCCCAUAGAGCUGACCAUAGGGCACUUCUUUAACCAGGGCCCAUAGUGCUGAACAUAGGGCACUUCUUUAACCAGGGCCCAUAGUGCUGAAC